GGCCGCCAACCUGAGCGUGCCGCUGCUGCUGCCGCUGCCGCCGGCGCUGCGCGGCGCCGCCAACGGCAGCUCGCCGCUGCUGGCGCUGCGCCCGCCGCUCCCUGCCGGCAUGGUGCUGCCGGCCAACUUCAGCACCCGGGUGGCCCGCCACCAGCUGCCCUUCCUGGUCAGGCCGCCGCCGGGAGUUGUGUACGCCAGACCGCCGCCUCACCUGCUGAACCAGCUGCAGCUGCUGCGCCGGCAGCUGCCGGACGCAGGGCAGCUGCAGACGCCCGCCUCCACCACCCUGAUCGGGCCGCCGCCGGCACCCGCCCAGUCCGCGGCCGCGCCUCCUCCAGAGCCGCCGGCACCCGCCCCUGCCGCCGCCGAGCCGCCGGCCCGACCCACCGCCAGAGAGCCCUCCUUCCUCGACUACUUCAUACCGCGGGACGGGGACGGCACGACCCCGCCGCCGGCCGGCGGACAGCCGCAGGACGGCGUCAUCCGCGUACCGAAACUGACCGGCCAGGAGUUCCUCCGAGCCGUCAGACAGCAGCUGCCAGACCCCAAACAGCACGCGCUGGGCAAAACUCUGCUCCGGUCCAAGGCGUUGAACGUUCUUCCGUCACUAACACCACCUACAAAUGAAUACCUUCCCCCGCCGCCGGCACCAUCUCCAACGCCUCCGAAGAACGAAUAUCUUCCUCCUCCAACGCCUCCGCAGGACGAAUACCUUCCUCCUCCAACGCCUCCGCAGGACGAAUAUCUUCCUCCACCAACAGUUACGCCUCCGAAAGAUGAAUACCUUCCUCCGCCACCAACGCCCCCCAAGGAUGAGUACCUUCCUCCGCCACCAACGCCUCCGAAAGACCUUCCCCCACCUCCAACUCCCCCGGAGGACGAGUAUCUUCCUCCACCUACGCCUCCGAAAGACGAAUACCUUCCCCCACCAACUCCUCCGAAAGAUGAGUAUCUUCCUCCGCCACCAACGCCUCCGAAAGAUGAAUAUCUUCCUCCACCAUCAGCUACAAGCAAGGCGAAAAAAGACGAGCACGCUGUCCGCGAAAAGUUUCGGAACAUGAUACGCCUUCAUCUGAUCAAAGCUCUUAAUGAGUACUGGUCUCCGAGCGAGCAGCGAGCCCUUCAGCCUGAGCCGACUCCAACUGACUCGGCCCCACACCCGGGCGAGCAGACCCUGCCGCCAGAGACCGUAACGACGCAGAGGUCUGUAACACCGCCACAGGAUCAGUAUCUGCCGCCGCCGGCGUCAGUGCAACCGCCCAAAGAUGAAUACCUGCCUCCGCCAGCGUCAGUGGAACCGCCAAAAGACGAAUACCUGCCUCCGCCGCCGGCGUCAGUGGAACCGACAAAAGAUGAAUACCUGCCUCCGCCGGCGUCAGUGCAACCGCCCAAAGAUGAAUACCUGCCUCCGCCGGCGUCAGUGGAGCCGCCAAAAGAUGAAUACUUGCCUCCGCCGGCGUCAGUGGAACCGCCAAAAGAGGAAUACAUUCCUCCGCCGGCGUCAGUGGAACCGCCAAAAGAGGAAUACCUUCCUCCGCCAGCGUCAGUUGAACCACCCAAAGAUGAAUCCCUGCCUCCGCCACUGGCGUCAGCGGAGCCUCCCAAAGAUGAGUACCUGCCUCCGCCAAAGGAGAAGGAGCCGGUCCCCGCGCUGGACCCCGGAUACCUGCCUCCGGCCGAAGCGGAGUCUUCCCCGCCCGCUCCGGAGUACUCGCCCCCGCCCGGCGGCCGGUUCGCAGCCAGGACACCCGGAAAGACGUCCCGGUUCGCCAGCAAACGGCGCAAGUUCAAAUUGUCCGCCGACGGUAUCCUGCGGAGGACGUCCGACUCGCCCUCGGCCGACGCGGCGCCGCCAGCCGGCUCUGGCGACCCGUGCGCCGCCUUCAGCUGCUCCGGUCACCAGCGGUGUCAGGUCGUGCUGGCCUGCGCGCGCGGCCGCCACAGCUGCGCCUACACAAAACGGCUCGCCGAGUGCGUCUCCAGGAGCUACCCGACCUGCCAUCACUGUCGCGGACACGAGGUCUGUGUGAUGAAGAAGCACUGCGCCUACUCAGAGACGUGUCCCGGGGCCAUGCAGUGUAUGCCGCGGGACCGGAACGAGUAGUCCCACCGACGGGGAACGGGCGCGCCGUGCGUCAGGGCAGGCCGCCUGCCAUCGUGCGGAUCGUGACCGACGAACGCCUCAGUCGCAGCCGCCCGGAUGGCAGGGAUCAGCACAUGGGAGCUGGUGGAGAGGUGAUGUUUAAAUGUUUUUAACUUGGCAAGGUAGAUAAUUGUCGCUAAAUCAGGCGACAAUGGCGUCAGCCGCCAACAAAGACAGGUAGCGCAGUGCUUGGAUGGGCCAUAUGUGGACCAUUUUCAGGAUUGAGGUGGUGCCGAACCGAGCGAAAACAUGUGCGGAUUCGGUGAGAAAUGUCAAUGUGAUCUUUUGCUGCCUUACUGAUAGACCACGUGCCUCUCUCGCCUCUUGUGAUACACAGAGACACGGUGAGACAUUGAGACAGAACGGGCCGGCGCGCUCCGGCCGGUAGGAUGAGACAGGACCGAUCUGAGCCAGAUCGAGUACGAGACUGAGGCAUAGCCGAACUGAGCCACAUCCUAACGAGACUGAGACAUGUCCGAACCGAGGAUCGGAAACAGAUACGAGAAGACAUCGUAGGCGUCACGUGCAGCUAGGGCCUGGAUUUAUGAAGAACUUAGUGUUUGUUGAAGCGGGGUUUGUUGAGGAGGCAGACGUCAUGUGCACUGAGCAGCUUGGGCCUGGAUUUAUGAAGAGCUGUUCAUUCGUUCGUUCGAGUUUUGCGAAGGAUGAGUUGUUACGGCGUCGGAGAAGUGUAUAUCUGUUUGGUCACGGUGUCCAGUCGUAGGAGGCAUGCUAUAUGUAACGAAGGACGGAUCGAGACUUCUGGAUGAGGUCCCGACCGUCCCGUAAGGUCCUGCUUCUGACCGUCCUGUCAGGUCCUGCUUCUGACCGUCCCGUCAGGUGAGGUUUCUGACCGUCCCGUCAGGUGAGGUUUCUGACCGUCCUGUCAGGUGAGGUUUCUGACCGUCCUGUCGGAAAGUGGUCGAAAUAGUGGUGUAUGUGUGCGGAAGUGGCAACUUGGUGGCAUUGAGAUUGUAUGAGGUCAAGGUGUGAUUGAUCGUUUGGUGAUAGGUGUGUAGAACCGAUCAUUUUCAUCGAAAGGUAAAGAUACUAAGCCAAUAGAAGCUCUUCAUCCAUUUCCAUAGGUACAGUAUGUCUGACUACAUUUUUUCAUUGCAAUCGGACACCGUCACCUUUUGUUUCUAUGGGGCUAAAUGGUUACCUCUAAGCAUGCAUAAUAGACUGAAUUCCAAUAAUGUUUACUAAGCUACAUCUUCUCCCUUAUUUUCCCAAGUUGUGUUGGCGGUAAUAACUUGUUGUAUUUCAUAGGCGAUCGAAACAGUGUUCCAUGAUAACUUGAGUGAUUACGCAUGACUUACACUUUCAUAUUUAUUGUAAAUAAACAUAAAAAGCGGAUA